AUGGAACCCGAUUCAAUUGCUAAACCAAUUGCUGAAGAAAAACGUUUUACUUUUGAUAACAUUCCCGAUUUGACUGGAAAAGUUGCAGUCGUUACGGGUGGAAAUUCUGGAAUCGGGUAUAUUACUUGCAGGGAAUUGGCCAGAAAAAAUGCUCAUGUGUUCGUAUUAAGCCGUAAUAUCGAGAGAGGUCAGACUGCUGUUGAAAAACUCAAGUCCGAGACUGGUAAUCGAAAUGUUGAAUUUUUGCAAUUGAACUUAAAAAGUUUAAAUUCUGUCAAAGAAUGCGCUGAAAAAUUUUUGGCUAGAGAUUUACCAUUGCACAUUCUGUAA